UGGCUCCGUCGUCUCCGGUGAUUCUGGUUUGGCUUAGUUUCUCGCUGCUAGCCGAACUCAGCACUGCACCGUGUUUACGUUAGUUCGCUCCGUUUUUCAUUUCAUGCAAGUGCAUUUCCGUGUGUAGUUUGCCGUGUGCUUUCUCGCGUCUUUACGCAGAAGCGAACCGGACCUCUCUCGACAAGACGCUUUAUAUAUCUCAUCCCUCAUUCCACGUGUUCGUGUUAACCGUUAAUAACAGGCUCGAGGAUAAGUAUAUCCAUGUAGUUGCACAGUAUAUACAAUACAAAUCAGAUCUGCUGUUCGCUCCGAUAUAUAUUAUUUUGGACCAGCAUCGCAGAGUGGGGUCUUGGUUGUCUUCUCUGCGCGUCGUUUUGCAACCGACCGACCGAUUGUCAGACAUUUGCGAGAUAAGCCCGAGCAUCUUCCUCCAGCAUCCACUUGUUUGCCCGACGAUCAAAGAGCCGAUAGCAUCAGUAAAAGCACGAAUCAGCAAAAACGGCGCAAAAGAAGAAAAAGAGCGAAAAGAUGGCUAGCACGGGUGAGGUGUGGGUGCAGUGGUUCACGUGCUGUUUGACCCAGCAGCGACCGGGAGCCCGAGCCAAACGCCAGAGGCCCCAGCCGAGGCUAAGGAUAAUCGACAGGAGUACCAUAGGCGCCCCCACGAAUUUCCAACACACGGGCCACAUCGGCAGCGGUGACCUCAACAUGGCCAGCGCCCACAUCAAGGCGAUACAAAACCAGAUGCAGGGCAAGGGCGGCUACGAGGCCUCUUUUGGCGUCAAGGCCUGCUGAGAGUUGGUUGCCCCGCGGGUGCUCGAGACCGAUCUGUGAGAGGUGUAUCACGAUGAGGAAUAGGAAGGGGAAAAAAGGGAGCCAAGAACGCCGGAAGUUCCCCCGGGACAACGAUAAUAUAAAAUACACAUUGCAUCCUUGCACACACGUGGGACAUGCUUGUACAUAUAUACGCCUCUUGACUCGCGAACGGGGCGACGCCGCGACGUGCUCACCCUCACCUCUGCAUAUGGCCCUGCUUUUUUACUGCUGCGACGGUGUCUGCGUGUACAUAUACUAGACAUUGGAUGUUUUUUCGUUCGGUUCAAAGAGGAUGUAGCGGAAUAAUGCUCGAUUGUAGCAGUGGUGUUGACAAUUUUGUUAUUCAUUAUUAUUAUUAUUAAUAUUAUUAUUUUUUUUUUUUUUUUUGAGGAGCCAAACUACGCACGUAGUGCGAAUUUAAUUAAAAUUAGUUUUAAAAAUUGGGUAAUUGAUUGUUUUGCGCGCAAUACCAGUAAAUUACGAGCAAUUUAUUGUAUACAGACUGUGAAAUUUCUUUUCCUCCACUCAAACUUCAAACAUUUUAUUCAUCAAAAACAAAAAUAAACAAAUAAAUAAACUGAACUAUGCGAAAUUUAAUUAGUAUAAUAAGUUAAGUAUACAGUAUCAGUUGAGUACAUUCGACGUUUGUACGAUCAUUUUUACAUGUUAUUACGAGUGCUUCGAUAAUAUCUCGAAAAGUCUCUUGACGCAAAGAUACGUCGAAAUGAUAUUUAUUUGAUGUGCGAGCGAGAGACG